AUGGGAAGCAGAAAGCAAGAAGAGAAUAUUGAGAAGAUUAUUAGGGGGCUUAUGAAGCUUCCGCCGAAUCGAAGAUGUAUCAACUGUAAUAGUUUGGGACCUCAGUAUGCAUGUACGACUUUUUGGACCUUCAUUUGCAUAACUUGCAGUGGAAUACAUCGUGAGUUUACUCAUCGUGUGAAGUCUGUGUCAAUGUCAAAGUUCACUUUGAAAGAAGUUGAUGCUCUUCAGAGUGGCGGCAACCAGCGUGCAAGGGAAAUAUUUUUGAAAAACUUGGGACUUCCAAAAACAACGGUUGCCAGAUAG